AUGCUCUGCAAAUGUGGGAAAAAUGCUACUCAUUACGAGACAAAAAAAGAAGGUCCCAAUAAAGGGCGCUGGUUUUAUUCUUGCCCUCUUAGAAAAUGUGGCUUUUUCCUUUGGGACAACUCUUCUUCCUCUUCAAACACAUCCGGAACUGCUGUUCAAACCGUACCAUCUGCUCCGAAGCCUCAGAAAACUAUAAAUAUCUCUUCAACCAAUACGACUUCUAAUAAAUCGUCCAAUUCGUUUGCAGACACUUCUACGAGUGGCUCAAGGAUUCUUCCUGAUUGGGGCAAGCAAAAUGUUCAGCCAAAUAACUCCCAGAAAAUUAAACAAUUAGUCCCUCAGCAAGAUAAAGUGGAUAUAUAUUUUUGUAUUUUCGACAAAAAUAAAUUUAUUGUACGUGGUUAUCAUCCAAAGCUAGUAUCAUUAUGGAAAGAAAUUCAAAACUCUCUUUUUAAUGUGUCUGAACGAGGCUGGGUGAUGCCACUAUCACAGUACCAGAAUUGUAUGCAAAAAUUAAGGAACGUCAAGGAUUUAAAAAUGAAUAUUCAUGAAUUCCCACCAUACGUUGUCAAAUUAUUUUGUAAUAUAGAUGAUAUUGAGGCUAAACGGAAUGAUGCCGUGCGCGAGAUUCAUGAAAAAAUUCCUUCUGAGUUAUGGGAUACUUUGAUGAGUUUUCAGAAAGAAGGUGUAACUCAAGCGAUAAUGAGGAAUGGUCGUAUUUUACUCGGUGAUGAGAUGGGCCUCGGAAAGACUAUUCAAGCACUUACUAUUUGCAAAUUUUAUGAAUCUGAAUGGCCAGUUUUAAUUAUUUGCCCAUCAAGCUUAAGAUUAACUUGGUGCAGUGAAAUUCAAAAAUGGCUCGGAGUUAGGGAAAGUCACAUUCAAGUCAUAUUUCAUCUUAAGGAUAAAAUUAAUCGCCCUUCUCCCAAAUUCGUAAUCACCAGCUACGAUUGUGCUGCAAAACUAGGUGGUGAUUUGGCUGAUAAAUUUAACAUUGUUAUAACAGAUGAGGCGCAUUAUUUAAAAAACAAAGAUACAAAAAGGUCUAGAAGUAUAUGCCCCUUAAUUCAAAAUGCUACACGAGCUCUUUUACUUACGGGAACACCGGCAUUAUCAAAACCUAUUGAACUUUUCUCAUUGGCCAAUGCUCUGGAUAAGACAACUUUUUCUACGUUCACACAAUAUGGUAUAAGGUAUUGUAAUGCUUCUAGAGGCCCGUACGGAUGGGAUUAUUCUG